CAUGUGAAUGGAAAGGUGCGAAAUUCAGACUCUAGUAUAAACCCAGAUUUUCUCCCAACAAGACCGAACUUCGAACGCAACGAGAGGAGAAGAAAAAACAGAUGGAGCAUUCUCAAGUUCUAAGCUUUUUCAUUGUCUUUCAGACGUCAUCCCGUCGUUUUCUUUGUGCCCUCUCUCUCUAAUUUGCCCUUUUCCUUGUUUGGUUGCCGAGAAAAUCAGGCCUGGAAGAGGAAUAGAAGGAAAGUUUCUUUCUUUGGCUUCACCUUCUCGAGCGCCUCUGAGAGCUAAAGCCCCCUGAAGAGAACCCUAUGCCUAAAGCUUGUCAUUUUUCUCCAUUAACUCUACCGUUCCUUCACUGAGAAGUCAUUUUCUGGGUUUUUUUCUCUCUUCUCCAUGUUGGUAACUGGGUAGUUAUCUUCCCCGCGAGGAAAACGUGGUUCCUGUUUUCUGGAAGUGUCGGGAUUUUUGAGUUCCUUCUGGUUAAAAUAUGGCGGAGUCGACCAAAGUAAGACUGGUUCGAUGUCCCAAGUGCGAGAAUCUCUUGUCGGAGCCUGAAGAUUGCUCGGUUUACCAGUGCGGUGGCUGCGGGGCCGUUCUUCGUGCAAAAAAUAGUGACCGUGAAGCAGAUUCUGCUUUGGACAAGGAAGAUGAUAGAGCGAAUGCAACUUCAGUUAACUCAAGUAAUUCAACAGAAAAGGCAGUUGCAGAUUCAAGCGAAGCAUCUGAUUCAGAUGUUCCAUCAAAUUCGGGUUCUUCCAGGCACCGACAAAAUGGACCAGCAGAAGCUUGUGCUGUUGAGGAUGAUCCCUGUUCCAAAAUGAAUACUCUCGAUUCGGGUACGGACACUGUACUUAGAGAUGGGGAAGAUCCGGUUUCACAGUCCGGGUCAGAGGAAUCUGGUCUGGACAGGUUUAGGAAACGAACAACCAAGAGAAAUGAUCCUGAAGGUUUCAGGUUAUCCACCUCGAAAUUUGCGGAUGAAGGCCCUUCUAACUACUUUGCAGACUCCCAGAAACAGUUGAAAGACCAGAGUGAUGAAGCAAUCGAGCAAGAUCGAGCUGGACUACUGAGAAAGCUGGAUGAGCUCAAGGAACAGCUUGCCCGGUCGUGCAAUGUGGGUGAAGUACCGAAAGAACAAGUUCCGAGCUUGUCUUCGGAGACGGAUAAGGCUCCAUCGAGGAUUUUCGGUCCUGGAAAACAUUCUGCCGGUCCAUCGUAUUACCAUCAUUACCCUGAACCAUCAUCGUUGCCUUAUGCCAGUAACCACGACAUUUCAAUGCACGGUCUGAUGUAUCCUUCCUCGCAUAACCCAGCUCGUGUUUCUGGAUACGGAGAUCCUAUGGGGUUCCAGAUGCAUGGAAGAGCCCCACAGCCAUCUCAUCCGUACUAUUCCGGGCAGUAUGUCGGUAAUAACCAUGAUUUGUUUGAGCCGUACCCACAAAAUGGAAUCUUUCACCAGCCAUCUUGCUCAUGUUUCCACUGUUAUGAUAAAUACCGGAGAGCGUCAGCCCCGGUGGUUCCUCCCCCGGGAAUGGCUGAUGUACCAUACAAUGCCGGUUUUUACCCUCAUGAAAGCAUUAUGGGUUUCGGCCCUCAUAAUUGCAAUCCUCGAACCUUUGUUCCUCCUCCUUUGGCAAGCUCUCGUUCCUCACAGGCCCAUGCCAGAUGGCCUAGUGACUUUGUGGCCGCUCAUACGACGAAUGGUCUUUCUCGAGUUCGUCCCCCUAAGGUUGUAUUAUCAGGUGGUUCUAAAUAUAUCCGUCCUUUGGCCGGUGGUGCUCCAUUUGUGACCUGUCAAAACUGCUUCGAACUUCUGAAACUGCCAAAGAAAACAGACGCUGCGAUGAAAAAGCAGCAGAAACUUCGGUGUGGAGCAUGCUCUUGCUUGAUAGAUUUCUCAGUUGUUGAUAAGAAAUUUGUUAUUUCAGCUGAUCGAGAGAUGAACCCGGCUCCAACAAGAGAUGCAGAAACUCGUAUCCAUCGGUUGACUGCUAAUUUCUCUUCAGAUGAUUAUGAUAACGCUGGUUACGAGUUUCAUUCAAUGGAUAGGGAAUCGGCUGAACUGUCAACCGGCCCGGGUUUGAUCUCAGACAAGCCUCAAGAACUGCAGAACUUGCAUACUUCAUCUCCCAGCGUUUCUGAGGACGAAUUAAGUUCAGAUAGUCUAAUAGCUAAACCGCUUCCACCAGAUUCACCGUUCCAUGACCAUUUUGAAUACGCUUCCAUCAAUCACGGUGUGCAUGAUCGGUCUGGAACUGGGAACCGGAGUUCUCGUUCAGAACAGGACAAGGUCACAUCGAAAAAGACAGCAGCCACCAGGCAGAACUCCAUGAAAGAGGCAUCAGUUGUGGCAACUGAGAUGGACGUUUCCUUCAACGAAUUCUCUCAUAACAGUGGAGUGUCUCAAGAUUCAGGGAUUGGGAACAGAGGAGAUGACCUGCGGAAACAAAGGAAAGGAGGGUUUGCUAGUAUUGUCAAGAAAAGUUUCAAGGAUCUGACAAAGUCUGGUCAGAACGAAGAGCGCGUGAAAGGUAAUGUCUCGGUGAACGGACAUCCCAUAUCUGAACGUUCAGUGAAGAAAGCCGAAAAGCAGACUGGAACUAUCCAACCAGGAAACUAUUGGUAUGACUACCGAGCUGGAUUCUGGGGUGUAAUGGGAGGUCCAUGUCUCGGCAUAAUACCGCCCUUCAUUGAAGAGCUGAAUUACCCGAUCCCAGAGGACUGCGCGAGUGGGAAAACGGCAGUGUAUGUGAAUGGAAGAGAGCUUCAUCAGAGGGACCUGGACUUGCUUGCAGGCAGAGGGCUUCCACCAGAGAGACACAGAUCCUACAUCAUCGACAUCUCGGGGAGAGUCAUGGAUGAAGACACUGGGGAAGAGCUUGACAGUCUUGGCAAACUCGCUCCCACGAUCGAGAAGUUGAAACGUGGGUUCGGGAUGAAAGUUCCGAGGAGGGCUUCGUAAGGGGAGAAGCUCGAGAGAAGGAUGUGCUAACCUGAAUCAGCAUCUCGUCCUUUUUUUUUUAUCAGAUUCUUCCUCUUUAAAACUUGGCUUUACGUUUUUUUCUCAGUUAUGUUCGUUUGAGUUUGAAGAACGUUUAUGAACAGUGCAGUUAGUUUGGCUUGGCUCAGUGUAAAUGUGCUUCAGCUUCAAUGAUUUAUAUUGGCCGUAUGA